GCAUGACCGCCCUUGCAGUUCGCGCGGGCUUCUCUCAUGUAUGACCUUCUGGAUCGCUCGUGCCCCAUUGUGCCAUGUCGGAUUUGGAUGACGACAGCCCUCUGAGCUCGCUCGACUCCGACACGCCAAAGCAAAGCCUUCCGGAGGCGGCAGAAGAGGCCGAAACUGGAGCCCGUGCACUGGCACCGCAUGCGGCGCCGCUUGCGUUUGAGGAUUCGGAGGACUUGGCAACAGAUUUGGAUGAUGCAGCUGGCGAAGUGCCAAUUCUCAGCCCAUCCGCGACGAACUAUGUCCGGGUAAAGCUUGAGCGUUUGGGAGAGGUAGACAGCUUCAGGGGCAUCAGCAUGUCUGAGACUCCACCGACCACGGCAGAGGAAGCGGGUGCCCAGGCCAAGGUGGAGCUUGUGCUGAGGCGGCUUUUGGCCUUCGCGCGAUCACCAGGAGAGCUUGCCACCUUUUUGGCCACGGAGUUGCACAUUACCAAACUGAAGGCGGGGGAAGCUAUCUGUGUGGUUGGCGAGCCCGCUGACUCCAUGAUGGUGCUGGUGGAUGGCUAUGUGCAAAUCUAUGCCAAGGACAUUGGCCCUGUAGGUGUUUUGGGGCCUGGAGCAUCUUUUGGAGAAGCUGCGCUCCUUGGGUUGCUGCAUGUGCGAACGGCCACCGUACAAGCAGUGCAGGACUGUGCUGUUGUGGAGAUCCGACAGGACAUCCUCGAGCGCGCCAAGUUCCGCCGCCUCAAGGAGUGUUUGCUCCUGUUGGCCUUCGAGCGAUGCCAGCAAUCCCAGCAGCACCAGCCAUUGGCCUCGUUGCCUAUAGGCGUGCCUGCCUAUGCCAGUGCUUGCGCCUCCCUGGUGGCUCUGGUGGCCGAACGUAUGGACAUCCCCGCAGGUGAAGCCUGGUGGCCUGUGCCAGAUACGCACCCCUCUGGCCCUCACUUUGGUGUGCUGGCCUCUGGCUUGGCCCGUUUGGAGUUGAGCACAGGGCGCUACAUUUGCCGAAUGAAAUCCGGCAGCUACGUCCCAGAAGGGCUUUUGGCGAAGCAUGAUGCACUACUAAGAGCAGCAUCUAGUUGCUUGGCCUACCGUGUUCCCCAAUACGAUUUCAUUCUGGCAGUGGGUUCGAAUCCAGAGUGCAGAGACUGGUAUGAUCGUUGCCGGGAACAUGAGCAGCAGAUUCGACAGGCACUCUCAUUGCAACUUCGCAAUGCUGUCAAAGCUGCAGCCACAAGCCAUGCAGCAAGCCGAACAAUGCCAACUCCAAGCCAUCCGAAAUGGCGACGGAGCAAGGCGCCUGUUUGGUUUCUCAAAGAUUUGCCGAUCUUUCCAGUGGAGGAAAGCUGUCGAAGGGUACCGCGAAGGAGGAAGGUGCCAGCUUUUCGUGGGGAUCCACGCGAGUGGCGUACCUCUGCCAAGUCACUGGUGCGAAGCCAAAGCAACGAGAUCCCACGUCUUGACAGUCGUGUCCCAUCGAAGGUGAGAUCUGACUCUCAGGGAGCCCUGCCAAUAGUCCGGCCAGGCUCCAGCGGACGGAGUUUGCGUUUCACCCCAGGCUUGGGAGCACCUGGAGAUUUGUAUCACUGCACUUCGCGGCCCUUGACGCGUUAGGCCGAGACCAACAAGACUUUGAACGCUCAUCACCUACAAGUGUUGGAUUGUGCAGCUAAAGACUCCC